GCCAAGGCCAGUUUCGUUCCAGGUUCCAUCGGUGUCGGUCGAUCGAAAAUUUCCUCCCAGUUGAGUUUCGCGAUCUCGAAAAAAAAAGUUUUAAAAUUUUUCACACGGUCCGCGUCCGCUCGCACACAUUUCGGACUCGGAUGCGCUGCCUGCCUGCCGUGCCGGGAAGUGGUGGUGAUCCAUAAUGAGCAAUAACUGCUAUUAUCAAAUCAUAAUUGUGGCCGCGGCCGUCGGAAGCAUCUGCCUCGGUCUGUGGGUGACACCAGCGGAAGCCGUUCGAUACGUGCCCAAGUGGAAGAAACAGGCCUGCGAGAUCCCCAACUCCCAGAAUGAGUACUCGCACUACGUGUGCGACGACAACGGCGAUGUCAAGUGCCUCCCUGGCUGGACCGGUGAUCUGUGCGACGUUCCGAUUUGCAAGAAGGGCUGCGAUCCAAUGAAUGGCUACUGCAAGCGACCGAACGAGUGCCGCUGUAAGCUCGGUUUCUACGGCGAUAGCUGCAACCGGUGCAUUCCACUGCCCGGGUGUCAGCACGGUAGCUGCAAGGUGUCGUUCGAGUGCGUCUGCCACAAGGGGUGGGACGGAAUCUUCUGCUCGGAACCUAUCUGCCGAGAGGAUUGCCACCCAUCACGUGGAUACUGCGAGGCGCCCGGGGAAUGUCGUUGCCGACUUGGAUGGGCUGGAUCCACGUGCCGUGAUUGUCAAGUGCUGCCAGGUUGUAUGCACGGAACGUGCACCAAACCUUUAGAAUGCAAGUGUCUUCCUGGAUGGACUGGAAUCCUGUGUCAAACGCCCAUCUGCGCCAAGAACUGCAGCCGCGAGCACGGCUACUGUAGACGUCCCGGAGAGUGCCGUUGCCGAGUGGGAUGGAUGGGUGAGGACUGCGGCAAAUGUCAUCCGUACCCGGGAUGUAAGAACGGCGACUGCCGUAGACCUUGGGAGUGUAACUGCAAACCCGGCUGGGGAGGAAUGCUGUGCGACGAGGAGUUGAACUACUGCGAGAAGAAUCCAAACACGUGUCAAAAUGGCGGCAAGUGCACCUCGUUGAUCAAGGACGACGGAAGCUUCAAGUGCGAGUGUCCGUCCGGUUAUAAGGGUCAGAACUGUGAGAUUCUACCGCCGUCGAUGACGACUACUUCGUCGUCAACAACGACGACGGUGGCAACGGUUAGCACUUCGCCAACGCCCAUCGACGAACAUGAACAGAUGACAAGCCUGAGACUACAGUUGGGGAAUGUUACGACACAGUAUCCAGGCGCAGACUACCUGAACGAAGAAUACAGUGCCGAAGACGUCGACAACGAAGCUUAAAACGUGGGAUGUCAUAAUUUUCAAGCGAGCAUUUAUUUAUUCAUAUUUAUUUAACUUAUUUAUUUUGACAAAAUAAACUAUUUAUAAACAAAAA